CUCAGGCUGCAACAGAUCUAUCAAGGCUUGAAGCCGGGCAACGAGUCGUUUCAAGUGGAAACGGUGAAGAGAAUACAAAACAUGUCAGAGGCGAUCGAUUUCCUGCGCAGCUUGGAAGAACUGAACAGAUGGAGCAAUAAAUACGUGGUACUCGAUUGCCCCACGGACAUGGCGAAGGAUAUCGUGGUGAGCCACGUGAGGGAUGUUGCACUGGGGAAAAGAACGUACCACUAUUUGUUAAGUGGAUUGAUAAUGGAUGACCGAUGGGAAAGCGAGGUGAUCGAGUACGGCGCCAUCAACAUCACCGGAUUUCGAAUCGUGGAUUCUACACGACCCUAUGUCAAAGAUUUCCUGGCUGGUUGGCAUCGUCUCGAUCCGGCCACGUCUCAAGGAGCUGGCCGCGAAUCCAUUUCUGCGCAAGCCGCGCUGAUGUACGACGCCGUAUUCGUUCUGGUCGAGGCGUUCAACAAGUUUCUGAGAAAAAAGCCGGACAGAAGCAACGUGAGGCGGACGGGCAUUUCUGGCAGCAGUCAGAUUACCAACGGCACCAAGGCUCUGGAUUGCAACAGCAGCCCCGGCUGGGUAACGCCGUUUGAGUUUGGUGACAAAAUUUCAAGGCUACUCAGAAAAGUGGAGAUCGAGGGACUGACGGGGGAGAUUCGCUUCAACGAUGACGGUCGCAGGCACAAUUACACCCUCCACGUCGUCGAGAUGACGGUCAACAGCGCCAUGGUCAAAGUGGCUGAAUGGACGGACGAGGCUGGAUUCCAAGCCAUCGCAGCGAAAUACAUUCGACUUCGACCGCAUGCCGAAAUCGAGAAGAACAAGACCUACAUUGUCACUACCAUUGUGGAGGAGCCGUAUAUCAUGAAGAAGAAGUCAGACACCGGAGAGAUAUUAACUGGCAAUGAUAGUUACGAGGGUUAUUGCAAAGAUCUGGCUGAUCUCAUAGCUAAGAAACUGGGAAUAACGUACGAAUUACGAAUAGUAAAGGACGGCAAAUACGGAAUGGAAAAUCCGGACGUUCCCGGUGGUUGGGAUGGUAUGGUCGGCGAGCUGAUUCGCAAAGAAGCAGACAUUGCCAUCGCCCCGAUGACGAUCACGUCUGAACGUGAACGAGUGAUCGAUUUCAGCAAACCAUUCAUGUCGCUGGGAAUCAGUAUUAUGAUCAAGAAGCCCAUCAAACAGAAACCCGGUGUCUUCAGCUUUCUGAACCCGCUGAGCAAAGAGAUUUGGGUGUGCGUGGUCUUCUCGUACAUCGGUGUAUCCAUCGUACUUUUUACCGUGUCCAGAUUCUCGCCGUACGAGUGGAGGGUACUGACCCUAAGCAGCGGCGGGGAUCCGACGAUGGCUACGAGGAACGACCCGACGCUGCAACAUCCUCACGGAUCUCAGGGAUCGCCGCACAUUCCAACGUCGAGCAUGGCGAACGAUUUCAGCAUCAUCAACAGCCUCUGGUUCGCGCUUGCAGCGUUCAUGCAGCAGGGCUGCGACAUAUCGCCCAGGUCGAUAUCAGGACGAAUAGUCGGCAGUGUCUGGUGGUUCUUCACCCUGAUUCUAAUCUCCUCCUACACCGCUAACUUAGCCGCGUUUCUAACCGUCGAAAGGAUGGUCGCACCGAUUAACUCGCCGGAAGACCUGGCCUCGCAAACGGAAGUGCAAUACGGCACACUAUCUCACGGAUCCACGUGGGACUUUUUUCGAAAAUCGCAGAUUAACCUCUACAGCAAAAUGUGGGAGUUCAUGAACUCACGGAAGCACGUGUUCGUGAAAACGUAUGACGAGGGUAUACGAAGGGUGAGGACAAGCAAAGGGAAAUAUGCCCUCUUGAUCGAAAGUCCAAAGAACGAGUAUACAAACGAGAGGGAACCAUGCGACACGAUGAAAGUCGGUAGAAACCUUGAUGCCAAAGGUUUUGGAGUAGCGACGCCAUUGGGAUCUCCUCUCAAAGAUCCCAUAAACCUGGCGGUGCUGUCGUUGAAGGAAAAUGGGGAAUUGACGAAACUAGUGAACCGAUGGUGGUACGACAGAACAGAAUGCAGGCACGGGGACAAACAGGAUGCUUCUAGAAACGAGCUGUCGCUCAGCAACGUAGCAGGGAUAUUCUACAUCCUCAUUGGUGGCCUGCUUUUAGCACUGGCCGUCGCGCUGCUAGAAUUCUGUUACAAAUCACACACGGAAGCUACCAGAGCGAAGAUCCCAUUGUCGGACGCAAUGAAGGCGAAAGCCCGACUGACGAUCGGUGGCGGUCGAGAUUUCGACAAUGGCCGGUGGUACGGACUGCAGAGUUAGACGGAGGAUGCAUGCGCCUUUCCCGGGACCAUAUGUGAGUACUAUCUAGCCCUUAAUUUUAAAUCCCCCCCCCCCCCCCCAUUGUACGUUCUGCGUCUCUCGUUUGGUGUACCUAUUUUCUCUUUCUCUCUCUCUCUUUCUCUUUCUCUUUCUCUGUCUCUCUCUCUCUCUCUCUCUCUUUUUCUGUCUGUCUCUUCCAAUUUUCCCUUCUGCUUCUCUUGUACGUCACUUUAGGGCAGCGUUCGCCCAAGUCUCUCACUCGUUUCAUUCUCUUUCACGUUCUCGAUAGAGACUUCGAUCGCCAAAUCAUCAGUGACUAUUUCCUUGGAACUUCAUCAAACCAAUUGAUUUCUGGAAAAUUUAGAUUUUCAUUUAGACUUUCGUUCAACUCAUUUCAAAAACUUUCACGGCUCGCAACUUUCUCUUAUGUCGUCAGCCAUUUUGCGUCAUUGUUCUCGAGCAUUCGUAUCAAAGCGACUUGCAUAGUAGAUCAUGUUUCUCACAAUUUUCACAGUCUUCUCCUCGUCGAUGCACGAUAUCAUUAAUGCAGAAAUCGAACACGAUAAAUUCAUUAGAGAGAGAAUUAUCAAAUUAUCGAAGUUGGACUGUCUGAACAUUUUUGCGAUUCAAGUACACAGAAGGCGUCCUUCUACCUCCUGGCUCUCGUUCCAUCGCUAUUCCUCCAGCUUUCAACAGCUUUUGAAAUGACCAUGGAAAAAACGCUGGCUUCUGAUCGCGAAUUGAGCAUGGCUUGUAGCAACAUUU